UUUGAGUCUGAGGUCCUGUCAAGCGAUAACAUUUCUGAUAAAGAACUGAGAUCACUGCAAACUAAUCCUCCUUUUUUCCAUCCAGACUCAGGCGUUUUAAAUAUUAUACACAGUCACUCUGAUUCCACGUGCACAGGCGAGAUUUGAAAUCGUGUAUCCCCUGUAACAAAAAAAAUGUAUAAUAGCCUACCCCGAGAUCAACAAACAAACAACACAAAGACGGUUCAUGGCUUACGCCAAAGCUCCACCAUCUUUUAGACUGCAAAGACUAUUGCAAUUUAAUCAACAGAGAGAGAAGCGUUGUGAUGUGUGCUCCAGUGGAACCCAGGACUGCUAUGACCUGUGACCUCUGAAGACACACGUGGAAGAAGAGAGACAACUUUUUACAAACUUCAGAAAGACCCUGCCGCCAACAACAACAAGACCAAAGAAAAGACAAUGGAAUAAAUGAAUCUCCAGUAUGGACGUGGAAUUAAGGAUACCUCAGUCAAGAAGCAGGGACCCUGGAUGUUGAUCCUACUCUGAUAAUCUUUCUCCCUGUGGAAUCUGUGCUGAUAAUGCGCUAACCCAAUGCUCAGCAGAGAUAUGGUGAGGAAAAAGAACCCCCCUUUGAGAAGCUUCGGCGGUGAGGAAGAAGGAGAAGGUGAGGCUCUGGCCGCGGAGGCCACCGGGCCAGAUAGCGAGGACAGUGCCGGGAGCCGGGCCUCAGAGCCCAACGGUGCCGACGGGCUGCUGCCGGCCGAACUAGGUCGGGCCCACGUGCCAGUCCCAGACGAGGAGGACUCCUCUUCCUCCCCGGGCUCCGUCUCAGGCUCCAUCAAACGGGAAGGAGGAGGGAGGGGCGGCGGAGGAGUGGGAACAGCGGCAACAGUAAACACCGACAGGCCUGUCUUUAAUUACCCCAGCCACAAGAAGGGAGGAAAUGUAGCGUCCUUCCCCUGCCACGAGGUGACAGACUCAGAUCUGCCGGCGCUCCCAUCCUGGGCCGGGCCCGACGGGGCUGUGUCUCUGUCUCCUCUCAGAUCAGAACCAGAUGAGGGGGACGGGACACAGGCACGCAGCCCGGCGGGGGAGCUGCUGCUGGGGAAGGUCGGGGAGAGAGGAGGGGGAGAAAGGGGGGGUGUCAGGGAGGGGUUGCUGCUGGCCGCCCGAGGGAGGGGUGUCAUCGUCCAGGGCGUCACCAGUAACGGGGAGGACAAGGACAUCUCCUACAGCCCCACAGGGGGGACUUCAGUCCACCAGGGUGGGGUGGAGGGCUCUGGAUACCCCUUGCUACGCCCCCUCCACCCACAUAGGGGGGCAGACGAGGGGGCCGGGGACAUCACGCCCAGCCCCCUGGGGGCCGAGACAGGGGUAGCCCCGCCCUGCUCUCCCAAACUGCAGGACUUCAAGUGCAACAUCUGUGGGUACGGUUACUACGGGAACGACCCCACGGACCUGGUCAAGCACUAUCGGAAGUACCAUCUGGGCCUGCACAACCGCACGCGGCAGGACGCAGAGCUGGACACUAAGAUACUGGCCCUGCACAACAUGGUGGGCUUCUCCUCACAGAGCCAACACGCCAAAGACACUACACGGCCCCCGUCCUACACUGCCCUGACCGGGGCGCCACAGGACUCUACAGGGUCACCACACAUGUUACUUAACGGCACCUAUGACGUACAGGUGACGCUGGGAGAUACCUUCAUCGGCAUCGGGAGGAAGACUCCGGACUGUCAGGGAAACACCAAGUACUUCCGCUGCAAGUUCUGUAACUUCACCUACAUGGGAAGCUCCUCAGUGGAGCUGGAGCAACACUUCCUGUCUGCCCACCCCAACAAGAUGAAAUCCCAGCCCCCGCCACUGCAGAACGACGACAAGCUCUCGGAAGGGAAGGGGAACUAUGUGAUACGGGGUGGUGGCGUGGAGGGGGCGGAACCGGGAAAGUGGGAGAACCGGGUGGCGGUCCGUGCGGAGGACGACUCGGUGGCUGGCUACUCCGUCCCCAUCCACGCCACAGACUCGCCGGGCUGGACGGGGGCCGACGGCGGGGCCACAGACUCACCUGCCUGGACGGGGGCCGACAGCAGGGCCACAGACUCACCUGGCUGGACGGGGGCCGACGGCAGGGCCACAGACUCACCUGGCUGGACGGGGGCCGACGGCGGCUCCACAGCGGUGGCCUAUUACUGGUGUAAGUACUGCAACUUCAGCUGUGAGUCGCCCAGCUCACAUCGCCUGCUGGAGCAUUAUGAGAGGAGACACAGACAACCUGGAGGAGGAAGAGGGGGGACCAGGGAGGGCAGCCCAGCCAAGAGGGAGCGAAGGAGCAGCAAAUCCAGGGACGGAGAGAGAGACCCCCACAGCCGGAGGAAAGACAAGACAGGAACAAGUGGCUCGAUGGGCGCAACGGACCCGGAGACGGUGGUGACCAGCUACAACUGCCAGUUCUGUGACUUCCGCUACUCCAUGAACCACGGGCCUGAGGUUAUUGUGGUGGCGCCUCUGCUCCGCCACUACCAGCAGGCCCACAGCAUCCACAAAUGCACCAUCAAGCACUGCCCGUUCUGCCCGCGUGGCCUCUGCAGCCCUGAGAAGCACCUGGGGGAGAUCUCCUUCCCAUUUGCUUGCAGGAAGAGCGCAUGCUCCCACUGCGUCCUCCUUUUCCUCCAGCUGUCCCCCCAGGGUAGCUCCCCAACUCCCAGGCCCAGCGUCACCCACCUGUGUGACCAGUGUCCCUACGCCACCAGCGACAUCGACCUGCUUCUGCUGCACUACGACAGUGCCCAUGCCACCCACGGCGUGCUGGAGGUCAAGCCCGAGCAGGAGGGAGCUGAGACGGGGAGGUACUCGGCCCCUAAGGGCCCUCACGGGGAGCACUCAUGCACCAAGUGCCAUUUCAUCACAGAUGUGGAGGAGGAGAUCUUCCGUCACUACAGGAGAGUCCACGGCUGUUGUCGGUGCCGCCACUGCAGCUUCACCGCCUCCGACACCUUGUCACUGCUGGAUCACUUCAACACGGCCCACUGCAAAGAGACCUCCGCCUCCUCCGCCACCACCAACGGCUGCUCCGCCACAACCCCCUCCACCCUCAGCAUCAAGGAGGAGAGCAAGGGCGACCUCAAGCUCUACAGCCUGGUUCCCCCAGAGAGCCGCGCCGCCGAGGCAGGGCCCGGGGCCGAAGGGGUGAAGAGCGAGGCCCUGGACGAGAAGGAGGCCCAGGGGUCCAAGGGCUGGAUGGAGGCCAGAGAGGCCCAGGUCCAAGCCCACGCAGCAGGCCUUGUGUGGGUGCCUAAGGAGCGGGCCAGGGACAUCCUGAGGGGUAGUCCGGCCCAGUUCCCCCAGGGCGCCCUGAGUCUACUCAACGCCGUGGCUGCCUCCCAGGAGCACCACCACCAGCAGCAGAAGGGGGUUUCAGUGAAGCUCAGGGACUCCCCAGGCCUGGUGUUCAGUCUGGGGGGGGUCGACACCAAGGCCUUCCUUCCAGGACAGACUCCCGGUGGGGCCGACAAACCUGGGCAUCUGGCGCAGCAGUACUCCUCACCCACCGAUGGCAAGGCCAAGGAGGAGUCCCAGUCACUCUUACGGAGACGUCGAGGCUCGGGGGUGUUCUGUGCCAACUGUCUCACCACUAAGACCUCUCUGUGGAGGAAGAAUGCCAACGGGGGAUAUGUGUGCAACGCCUGUGGCCUCUAUCAGAAGCUCCAUUCGACUCCCCGGCCGCUGAACAUCAUCAAGCAGAACAACGGUGAGCAGAUCAUCCGCCGGCGCACGCGGAAGCGGCUCAACCCCGACCCUCUGCCCUCCGAACCUGUGGGCUCCAAGCAGAGGAGGGUCAGCAGCGAGGAACGCCUCAACCUCGACCCUCUGCCCUCCGAACCUGUGGGCUCCAAGCAGCGGAGGGUCAGCAGCGAGGAACGCCUCAAUGGCAGUCCCCUGGAGCGCCGGCCAGGAGAGGAUGGGCCAGGCUCGGAAGGAGUGCCUGUCCCUCGUAAAGGGGAGCCUCAGAAUUCCCUGGGCCAGUACGAGGCCUGCGGGUCCUCUGGGUUCAAGGGUCACCCCAGCCCCCGCUCCACCCACUCCUUCCUAGUUAGCCAAACCCUGGAGAUUCACAAGCGAAUGCCUCCUUUGCACAUACACAACAAGAACCCUGCAGAGGGAGGGGCGGAGGGGAACGGGGUGGGCUCAGCUGGGGUCCAUCACACGGGCUUGGAGGGGAAGGGUAGCUUGUCCUCCGAGAGGGGUAGCCCCAUCGAGAAGUACAUGCGUCCCUCCAAACAGGCCAGCUACUCGCCACCGGGCAGCCCCAUCGAGAAGUACCAGUACCCGUUCUUCAGCCUGCCCUUCAUCCACAAUGACCUGCAGAGCGAGUCCGACUGGAUGCGCUUCUGGACUAAGUACAAGAUGUCUGUUCCGGGCAACCCACAGUACCUAGGCCACAUGUCUGGUCUGCCCAACCCUUGCCAAAGCUUUGUGCCUUACCACACCUUUAGCUUGCCCUCACACUUCCCUCUCCCGCCCUCCGCCGGCCCCGAAAGCGACAUCCCUCUCGACCUGGCCAUCAAACAUUCCAAACCGUCCGCCAACGGCUCCACCGCCUUGCCCACGGUCACGGCGGGGAAGGAGGAUGAGAAGCAUAGAGAGCAGCAGGAGAGAAGAGAGGAGAAAGUAGACGAGGGGGCAUCCCCCCAGCCUUCUCCUCCCCCAGACGUUGCAGCCAAGCCGGAGAGGGUGGACCAGGGCACUCAGGAUGAGCUGACCAGUAAGGAGAGGGUGGACCAGGGCACUCAGGAUGAGCUGACCAGUAAGGAGAGGGUGGACCAGGGCACUCAGGAUGAGCUGACCAGUAAGGAGAGGGUGAACCAGGGCACUCAGGAUGAGCUGACCAGUAAGGAGAGGGUGGACCAGGGCACUCAGAAUGAGCUGACCAGUAAGGAGAGGGCGGCCCAGGGCACUCAGGACGAGCUGACCAGUAAGGAGAGGGUGGACCAGGGCACUCAGGAUGAGCUGACCAGUAAGUGUGUCCACUGUGGCAUCCUCUUCCUGGAUGAGGUUAUGCACGCCCUGCACAUGAGCUGCCAUGCUGACGGAGGGCCCUUCCAGUGCAGCAUCUGCCUGCAUGCCUGCGCAGACAAGUACGACUUCACCACACAUAUACAGAGAGGGCUUCACCUGCCCACCGUCGAGGCUGAGGCCGAUGCUGAGGCCGAUGCUGAGACCGAUGCUGGGGCCGAUGCUGAGGCCGAUGCAGAGGCUGAUGCUCCAAAGGAUUGUGUGUGAUUUUGGUGCAUUACAGACUUGGACCUUUAACACAGGCAUAGCAGUAUGAAAAAGAACAAAAUAAAUGGACUAAAGCGUACUGUAAUGAUUGAAUGAGAAGAAGACUUUUUGCUCAACGUGCCAUGAUAGCUUCUGUAGGGAACUCAUAUCAUCUAACCAUUUAUAUUGAACAUAAUACAGAACAAGCGAUUGGCUGUUUCCUUUUUCUUCGUUUGUAAAGGAAAACGCUUUUGAAGAAAGUGGUACUACAAAUAGACGCUUAUUUUUAGUUUUUUUUGUUGCUGUUGUUAAUUUUUUUUAUUCGGAAGUGUUACUUUGACAAGGCAGUUCGGCGAACAACAAGGUACAUCUGGGCUGAAUGUUCUCUUACCUGGUUGGUUCAAUGUUCCAAAUGGAAUGAGGAAGUGUGAAUUGAUAUGUAAAAUGGGGAGAUGGGGAAACAUCAGUCGUCUGUCAUAAUCUCCUUCACAGUGGAUGGGCAGAGCGAUGACUAGUGAUUGGACCGUCCUCAAAUAAACGUCCUCAGGGAACGUGGCUGAGUCAAACAACAUAUCCUACGGUGCUUUCAGUUGCAUCGGUCUCCACUUAACAUCCAACUAAGUGUCUAUGUUUUAAUGUAUUUUAGUUAUAGAUACUGUUUGUUCGGGGGGGGGGGGUUUGGGGGGGGGGGGACUAUUGUCACAGAACUUCCUCUAGACAUUUUAAGCUGCUGCCUUAGUUGCUAGGAUACAAACCUUAUAUCACUAAAGACAUUUGGGAAGGAAGAAAAAUGCAAAAAGCAAUAUUUUUUUCUAAGUUGUUAAAAAUUUUAAAAAUUCAUAAUAUCAGUGCCUGAUAUAUUGAACAAAGUAUUUUCUACCUGGUAUGUUGAUAUGCAACAUUGACUUUGCAUUGAGUAAAGGGCCAUGAGCUUGACUCUGUAAAACUGUUUACAUUUGCAAAUGUAGCAAACAAGGUAAUGAAGCAAAAUUCCUGCAAUUCAGAGUAUUUUUCUCUCAUGUGGACAGGACAGGACGAUCACGAAACAAAACAGAGGCCUUUUGUCAAAAGGUUGAAUGGGAGAUGAAAUGCAGUCAUAUGAUUUGUUCUAUUCUUUUGAAUGGCACAGAGACACUAUCCAUUCCAUGUCUUUCUUUGUGUGUUCCUGCUCGUACACUUUGAAAUGCUUUAUUGUCUAUACAGAUGCCCUGUAUUAGACUCUGUUCAUCCUGUAUGUUUUUUUAAGAGAAGCUGAUAUACUGUAGCUUGGUUAUAAGUAUUGUUCUGUGAGCUUUACAGCUUUGAGCAUCAUAGGUUUACACAAGGCCCUAUUUUUUUUGUAUGUCUAUUAUAUAUAUAUAUAUAUAUAUAUAUAUAUAUAUAUAUAUAAUACUUUAAUAUUUGGCUUUUAGUCAUGUUGGGACUUGAUUUGAACAUAGCAUGAAAUUCUACUUGUUCCAUGUACAGGUGAAAAAGGUGCCUUUUGACAGAAAGAAGCCAUUGAAUAUCAACAAUGUUGAGUGUUUUGUUCAUCAAAUUAGAUGUAGUGCAACACCUCAACCUGGAUUAUGGCCUUGUAGUCCAAGCAUUUGACAUUAUGUAGAUAGAUUAAUACCAUUUGAGCAUCAAAACAAACGUUACCACGCAGCAACAUUAUCCCUCUAUUUAGGUUGUUAGUACUUUGCUAGUGGACCACCUGUUUCACCUCUAAAAGACCCCCAUUCAUGUGUUUUCUCUCUCUCUCUCUCUCUCUCUCUCUCUCUCCCUGUCUCUCCCUCUCCCUGUCUCUCCCUGUCUCUCUCUGUCUCUGUUUCUCUCUCUCUCUCUCUCCCUGUCUCUCCCUCUCCCUGUCUCUCCCUGUCUCUCUCUGUCUCUGUCUCUGUCUCUCUCUCUCUCUCUCCCUGUCUCUCCCUCUCCCUGUCUCUCCCUGUCUCUCCCUGUCUCUCCCUGUUUCUCUCUCUCUCUCUCUCUCUCUCUCUCUCUCUCUCUCUCUCUCUCUCUCUCUCUCCCUGUCUCUCCCUCUCCCUGUCUCUCCCUGUCUCUCUCUCUCUCUCUCUCUCUCUCUCUCUCUCUCUCUCUCUGUCUCUCCCUCUCCCUCUCCCUGUCUCUCCCUGUCUCUCUCUGUCUCGCUCUCUUUCUCUGUCUCUCUCUCUCUCUCUCUCUCUCUUUCAUUUGUAUGAGCACUUCUUCCUAUGAUUCCCAUUGCUGCUGAAAGGAAUCAAACAUGAGUUCAAUCUAAACUGUCCAUCCUCUGAUGUACAUAGUUAUUUAUACAUGAUCAGGGGAUAAUGUAAUUAGAGUCUGCCGGGGAUUCGGCAAGCAAGGAUUUGUGUGAAAUAGCGAUGAAAUCAACAUAGCCUUAAAAUGUUGCUACAAACGACGCCUCUCAGAAACAAAGAACCUGUAAUAAUAAUACUAAAAUCUUUUCACAGAAACAGUCAUGUGAUUUCAAAUAACAUAAUGAACAAUUUUUGUUUUAAGUUUGAAUUAGAGAAAUGUUAACGCUUGCACUUCAGUUAUUCUGUUUUAUUUCCAAGGAAGAAAGAGGAUUGUGUUAAAAUGUGUUAUUACCAUGCUGUACACAGGUACUGCAAAAAUAGACGAAGACAAAGAGACAACAUGGACAGACAGGAGUAUCUGUGUGUGGAAGAAGAGACAACAUGGACAGACAGGAGUAUCUGUGUGUGGAAGAAGAGACAACAUGGACAGACAGGAGUAUCUGUGUGUGGAAGAAGAGACAACAUGGACAAACAGGAGUAUCUGUGUGUAGAAGAAGAGACAACAUGGACAGACAGGAGUAUCUGUGUGUGGAAGAAGAGACAACAUGGACAGACAGGAGUAUCUGUGUGUGGAAGAAGAGACAACAUGGACAGACAGGAGUAUCUGUGUGUGGAAGAAGAAACAACAUGGACAGACAGGAGUAUCUGUGUGUGGAAGAAGAGACAACAUGGACAGACAGGAGUAUCUGUGUGUGGAAGAAGAGACAACAUGGACAGACAGGAGUAUCUGUGUGUGGAAGAAGAAACAACAUGGACAGACAGGAGUAUCUGUGUGUGGAAGAAGAAACAACAUGGACAGACAGGAGUAUCUGUGUGUGGAAGAAGAAACAACAUGGACAGACAGGAGUAUCUGUGUGUGGAAAAAGAGACAACAUGGACAGACAGGAGUAUCUGUGUGUGGAAGAAGAGACAACAUGGACAGACAGGAGCAUCUGUGUGUGGAAGAAGAAACAACAUGGACAGACAGGAGUAUCUGUGUGUGGAAGAAGAAACAACAUGGACAGACAGGAGUAUCUGUGUGUGGAAGAAGAAACAACAUGGACAGACAGGAGUAUCUGUGUGUGGAAGAAGAAAC